AUGAUUGAGGGAGAUGAUACCUUCUAUUUGGAAUCACGAUUUCUAGACUACUUGAGUAUCAAGUGCGAACCACUGGAAUUCAAUGAUGAUGGGAGUUAUGCUGUGCCAUUGCAACCCUGCUUCUUCCAGCCCUUAUUACUUUAUGACUUGCUUGUUCAUCCCAUCAACACUCAAUCCGGGAGGACUCAACGGGAUCUGAUAAUUCAGGAAAAAUUGAUCGAACCACCAGAUGAUGACCUUCAUUUGGACAGGGCUGAUUUCAUGUGCCGCUUCAUGGAAUGGCAAUUCAGAGGAUAUCCUCGAAAGGGGACGUCAAAUGAUCGCCGGGGCCUCAUGCAUCUGACAAAUUGGAGACCAGGAAAUUUUGGAGAAGACAUGCUCGACCCCGAGUUCGAAGACACGGCGUCUGGAAGGUCUCUGAGCUGCUCGAACCACAUCCGCAUGUUAUGUUUACGAUGCGACAUGACCUUGAAGGCGAUGAGAAUAGACUGUUGCGAGGCGAAGUCUUGCGAUCCUGGCAAUAAUGAGAACGUGUCUGGAAGCGCCUCAUCUGAAAGACCAUAUCAUUAUACCGAUCAUGGUAUUCUCCUUCAUGGGCAGGCAGCACGGAAGAAUCCUCCAGGCGUAUUCUGA